CUUUAUUUCUGUUACGAUAAGGUGAUAUUGCAGUGGUGGUAAAGAGCUUGAAUUGAGCUGAAGGCUGUGUACCGGGCUAAAAGCACUGGCUACACGCUAAGUCACGUGCAGUAGCACCACGUGACUGGUGCCACGUAACAAGUCCCCCCCUUUAGACUUCAAAAGACGACGUCCUCGUCGCAAUACAGCCAUUCUAGGCUACCCAAAUAAGAAGUCCACUAGUAUGGAGCGUCCUUCUCCCCCAGGAGCUUGCAUCUCACUCCCAGGGCCCUGCAAGACAAGCAAGCAAGCCAUGGUGACGUGUAUCCCAAAAUAUGCCCCCCACUUGUGUAUUGCCUCCUUCCCUACCACACUCCUUGUUCGCGCCGUAUCCAGUCUUAAUAGCCUCCCAAUUGCGACCACCACGUAUGCCUUGUGCCCUAAUAUGGAGGGACACUAGCCAAGUACUGCGUAAGACUUGGGGAGGUGAGGAAUCGGACGACUCUGCCGGUGAGGGUGUGAAGCGUGGCAGGAAGCUCUCUCUGCAGGGGCGAGGGGAACAUCGCUUUGUUGCUGUAGUAAUUCGUACCGUAUCGCGAGGCUCAGUAAAGAGGUCGAUUUCGAUCGUAAUUAUUGCAUUGCUACCAUAUGUCACGAUAAGGUGAUGUUGCAGUGGUGGUAAAGAGCUU